UUGGACUCUGCUCUCUCCUCUCCUGCUAUUCUGCUGGGUGCGGGGUGGGGGGACGUCCCGGAGGCGGGCAGCCUGUAAUGAUUAACCGCACAGACACUCCAGCAUUCUUCCCGAAUUCAACUUUAAAAGAGCUGCCCCGCCUUCUCCCAUUGGGUGUUUUUCCUGAGAGAGUGGGCCGGGCCUCAGAGUCCUGGGUCCUCCCUUCUACUCGGAGUCAUCCCGGGGUUUCUUAACCUUCUCACCUGGGCCCUGCACCCUAAAAGGUUAUAAGCCUCUCCUGUGGGGGCGGGGCUGGAGUGCUGGGGGGCCCGGGGCUCUCCCUCCGCAUCCAGGCCCCGGCCCUGGCCUCAGUGCCCCCAGCCCUUCCCCCUGCUCUGGGAAGCAGGGUUGUUUUCGGUUGGCCCUGAACACUGGGCCCCGCCACCCGCCCUUAGGGCCAGCCAGGUGGGGCGUGAUUCAGGAAGUAAACAAGGAGGUUGGGAGGAUGGGAACGUGGGUGGGGCUGGAGCCGCUAGGGGAGGAGACAGCCGGAAAGCCAAGGCCGGAGUGGCCUCCUUGAGGGGACAUACUCAUUUUGGGGGUCUGUUUUUCCAACCGAAGCUUUCCUGGGGCCUUAGUUUGAGCUGCCAGGCCCACAGCAAGGACCUCUUCCUCCUCCCUGCUCACGCCAUUGGUCUUGACGGUCCCACUCGCCUCCAGCCUUAGAGGGGCUGAAAGACAUGGUGGGGGAUCUGAGGGUACUGCCCAGCCUUGGGCCGGCCCUCCCUGAUCGCUGAGGCCAGGUGCUAAUGUGAUUCGAAUCCACUUCUAAGCCCUUCCAAGCACUAUCCUCCCGAAUUCUCUCCUCCUCUCCCACCCCACUAUUAGUCUGCGACUUCGUCGAAGGUGUGGCCCCCUGCAGCCUGAAAUGAAAUCAUCAGAGCUGUUUGGAGAGGACAAGGCCACACAGCUGGUUCCCUUCAGCCCCUCUGCCUCAGACGCCAUGGAGCUGGAUCUGUCUCCACCUCAUCUUGGUAGCUCUCCGGAAGACCUCUGCCCAGCCCCUGGGACCCCUCCUGGGAGUCCCCGGCCCCCUGAGGCCCCUGUGCCUGAGGAGGUAAAGAGGUCCCAGCCUCUCCUCAUCCCAACCACCGGCAGGAGACUUCGAGAGGAGGAACGGCGGGCCACCUCCCUCCCCUCCAUCCCCAACCCCUUCCCUGAGCUCUGCAGUCCUCCCCCACAGAGCCCCAUUCUCGGGGGGCCCUCCAGUGUACGGGGGCUGCUCCCACGCGAUGCCAGCUGCCCCCAUGUAGUAAAGGUGUACAGUGAGGAUGGGGCCUGCAGGUCUGUGGAGGUGGCGGCGGGCGCCACGGCUCGCCACGUGUGUGAAAUGCUGGUGCAGCGAACUCACGCCUUGAGUGACGAGACCUGGGGGCUGGUGGAGUGCCACCCCCACCUAGCACUGGAGCGGGGUUUAGAGGACCACGAGUCCGUGGUGGAAGUGCAGGCUGCCUGGCCCGUGGGCGGAGAUAGCCGCUUCGUCUUCCGGAAAAACUUCGCCAAGUACGAACUGUUCAAGAGCUCCCCACACUCCCUGUUCCCAGAAAAAAUGGUCUCCAGCUGUCUCGAUGCACACACUGGCGUAUCCCAUGAAGACCUCAUCCAGAACUUCCUGAAUGUCGGCAGCUUCCCUGAGAUUCAGGGCUUUCUGCAGCUUCGGGGAUCAGGACGGAAGCUUUGGAAACGCUUUUUCUGCUUCUUGCGCCGAUCUGGCCUUUAUUACUCCACCAAGGGCACCUCUAAGGAUCCGAGGCACCUGCAGUACGUGGCAGACGUGAAUGAGUCCAACGUGUAUGUGGUGACUCAGGGCCGCAAGUUCUACGGGAUGCCCACAGACUUCGGCUUCUGUGUCAAGCCCAACAAGCUUCGAAAUGGCCACAAGGGGCUUCGGAUCUUCUGCAGUGAAGACGAGCAGAGCCGCACCUGCUGGCUGGCUGCCUUCCGCCUCUUCAAGUACGGGGCGCAGCUGUACAAGAAUUACCAGCAGGCACAGUCUCGCCACCUGCGUCCCUCUUGUUUGGGCUCCCCACCGUUGAGAAGCGUCUCAGAUAAUACUCUGGUGGCCAUGGACUUCUCUGGCCAUGCUGGGCGCGUCAUCGAGAACCCCCGGGAGGCUUUGAGUGUGGCCCUGGAGGAGGCCCAGGCCUGGAGGAAGAAGACAAACCACCGCCUCAGCCUGCCUACACCGGCCUCCGGCACCAGCCUCAGUGCAGCCAUCCACCGCACCCAACUCUGGUUCCACGGGCGCAUUUCCCGUGAGGAGAGCCAGCGGCUCAUUGGACAGCAGGGCUUGGUAGACGGCCUGUUCCUGGUCCGGGAGAGUCAGCGGAACCCCCAGGGCUUUGUCCUCUCCUUGUGUCACCUGCAGAAAGUGAAGCAUUAUCUCAUCCUGCCGAGCGAGGAGGAAGGCCGCCUGUACUUCAGCAUGGACGACGGCCAGACCCGCUUCACUGACCUGCUGCAGCUCGUGGAGUUCCACCAGCUGAACCGUGGCAUCCUGCCGUGCCUGCUGCGCCACUGCUGCACGCGGGUGGCCCUCUGACCUGGCCACAGGCUGGCUCACGCCUCAGCCGCCUUCAGGCUGCCCACCACCCCUCCAUGCAUCUAGUGAACUCCGGGUGUGGCAGUUGGGGACGGGAUGAGGAGCCAGAGGGUUCCCUCAUUCCAGUUUUCUCCUCUGCUUCUUUGCCUCCCUCAGGUAGAAAACAGCACCCCCUCCAGUCCACUCUUGAACCCUCUCCUCAAGGGAAGGCCUGGGGUGGCCCCCUCCCCUUCUCCUAGCUCUUGGGGUGCUGCUGUAGGGCGGGGCAUUAUGGGAGAAGUGGUGCCAGCCCAGGUGGUCUCAUGCCCCACACUUUGUAGAGACUGAGAGGCCAGUUGAUCCGUUCUGUUUUAUACUAGUAACAAUAAAGAUUAUUUUUUGAUA